AUGUCGGAUGCAAAGUACUUUCAGCGAGGAAAAAUCCAGGAAUUGCGUGCAGAGCUCACUUCGGAAAAGCGCGAUCCGAAGCAUCAGCGCAAGAAGACAGUGAUGAAGAAAAUCGUGGCCAACAUGACCAUGGGCAACGAUAUGUCACCACUCUUCCCGGAUAUUCUAAACGUCAUGAAUGUUCCCAUUCUUGAAAUUAAAAAGAUGGUGUACUUGUACCUGAUUAAUUACGCUCGAAGCAAACCUGACAUGGCCAUGAUGGCCAUCACCAUGUUUAUCAAGGACGUUGAAGAUACCAAUCCGCUUAUUCGAGCUUUGGCUAUUCGUACGAUGGGCUAUAUACAGGUGGAGAAAAUUGUCGACUGUCUCAUUGAUCCUUUACGCCACUGUCUUCGUGAUCGUGAUCCUUAUGUGCGCAAAACGGCCGCUAUUUGUGUGGCCAAGCUCUACAUGUACGACAACGUUCUUGUUGAAAAUGAGCACUUUAUCGACAUGCUCAGAGAUCUUCUGACCGAUCCCAAUCCUACCGUGAUUGCAAAUGCAGUGGCUGCAUUGACAGAAAUUUCAGAACGCUCGGAACAUAUUCAGUUAAAGUUGAACCAUUCGAUUGCAAGCAAAUUGGCCGCUGCUCUGAAUGAGUGCUCAGAAUGGGGUCAGACUUAUAUAUUGGAAGCAUUGAUGUACUACGUACCGCAAGAAGCUGGCGAUGCGGAAAUGUUGGCCGAACGUAUCGCGCCUCGUUUGCAACAUGCCAAUUCGGCGGUGGUAUUGACCUGUGUCAAAGUCAUCAUGUAUUUGAUGAAUUACAUGAAGAACGAGAGUGAUAUUGUCGCCUUUUGCCGUAAAUUGAGUCCACCUUUGGUGACUUUGCUCUCUUCCCCUCCCGAGGUUCAGUACGUUGCUUUGCGUAAUAUUCUGCUGGUAAUUCAACGUCGACCAGAAGUGCUGCGAAAUGAUAUGAAAGUGUUCUUUUGCAAAUACAAUGAUCCGAUCUAUGUGAAAUUGGCAAAGCUCGAAAUUAUUUUCAGAUUAGCCAACAGUCAAAACGUUGAUCAAGUCCUGAGCGAAUUGAAAGAAUAUGCUGCCGAAGUCGAUGUGGAUUUCGUUCGGAAAGCUGUUCGGUCCAUUGGUCGUCUCGCCGUGAAGAUUGAAGCGGCCGCCGAACGAUGCAUUACCGCUUUACUAGAGCUUAUCCAUACCAAGGUCAAUUAUGUCGUACAGGAAGCGAUUGUCGUGAUCAAGGACAUUUUCCGCAAAUAUCCUAACCAAUACGAAAGCAUCAUUGGUACGCUUUGUGAAAAUUUGGAUAGUCUUGAUGAACCGGAAGCGAAAGCAGCCAUGAUUUGGAUUAUCGGUCAAUAUGCAGACCGUAUUGAGAAUGCCGACGAGUUAUUGGAUGAUUUCCUAUACACGUUUUUGGAAGAACCUGUCGAGGUUCAAUUGGCACUGUUGACAGCCACUGUGAAGCUCUUUAUUAAACGUCCCACGGCCGGCCAGGAUCUGGUACCCAAAGUACUCAAAUGGGCUACUGAAGAAGCGGAUAAUCCGGAUUUGCGUGAUCGCGGUUAUAUUUACUGGCGAUUGCUAUCCACGGACCCGGCUGCCGCCAAGGCCGUUGUGCUGUCAGAUAAACCAUCCAUAUCCACUGAAAGCGAUAAUAUGGAUCCUGCAUUCUUGGAUGAACUUUUGCUCCACAUCUCCAGUUUGGCAUCAAUAUACCAUAAGAGUCCUACCACUUUUAUCCAUCAUUACAAAUCACGGUUUUUAAUACCAUCACCUGCCCUCCAAAGACAGCCGACUUCAUCUACGUUCUUUUCUCCACAGCCUUCGCCGCAACAACCACAACAACAACAGCAGCAACAGCAACCAAUCUCAUCCCAAAUGCAGCAGGCUUUUCAAACAACAUCCUCACCGUCCGCCGUAGCACAGCAAUCACCUGCAGCAUUUAAUGAUCUAGGCUACAAUAGCGUUACGGCAAACAGAUUCUCCUUCAAUGGUAUCAACGGCCUCAACGGCUUACCAUCUGUCAAUCCAUAUGCUACAGAUAUCGUGAACCAGCAAAAUGUGCGACCAACACAACAAGCGGCUGGAGGCGUUGAUUUAUUGCUCGAUUUGUAA